AUGUUGUCGUUGAUAAUUCUCGUGGCGAUAGUGGUUGUUGGGGGGAUUCGGCUGUACCGGGACCACCGGAAGAGGUACGCCUUUGCGGAUGCAUUUCCCGGCCUGAGGCCACUGUACCCGUUGGUCGGCAACGGGGACAUUAUGUGGAAGAGUGACGUCGCUAAGUUCGACACGAUGGUGAGGAUCUUCAGUGAGAACGACCGCGUGGUGAAGGUUUGGGCUGGGCCGAAACUGCUCCUGUUCACGGCGCAUCCGGAUCUGGUGCAGCAGCUCCUGUCCAGCGACAAGUGCUUGGAGAAACCGUUCCUGUAUGCGUUCGCUGGCUUUGAGACGGGACUGUUCACGUCGAAACAUGAGCUAUGGCGCGUGACCCGGAGACGGCUGGAUCCGUGCUUCAACACGCGAAUCCUGCACGGAUUUAUUCCGAUCUUUGAACAGUGUUCCCGGCAGUUGGUCAAUCGCUUGAACGAGCUCAAGGACGGAGCCACGGUCAACAUUCACCAGUACACGUCGGUGACCACGCUGGAAAUGGCCUGCGGAACCACGCUGGGCAGCAACAUACUUACCCGAGACGGCAAGGAGGAGUUCGUCCACGGGCUGGAUGUUGCUUUUGAUGGAGCAGCCAAGCGAAUGGCCAGCGUUCACCUGUACUGGGACUUUAUCUACCGGUUGACCGACCAUCACCGACAGUUGAAGAAGGCCCGCAAGGUCGUUUGCGAUUUCUUCAACAAGUUGGUAGUGGAACGUCGAGAUAUUCUCGGCAUGAACAACAACAACAACGAUCAAGCCGAUGAGGAAUAUCAGAAACCGAAGAUCUUGAUCGAUCAACUGCUGAGCGUUUCCCCCGACGGAAAAGCUUUCAGCGAAGUUGAGGUCAGAGACAACAUCUACGCGGUCAUCACGGGGGCCAACGACACCUCCGGCCUGUUGGUGGCUCACGCCGUCCUCUUCAUGUGCUUCUACAAGGACAUCCAACAGAGGUUGUACGAGGAAAUCAUGGAGUUCGUACCAACCAAUGACAUCGACCUGGACGCGGAAACCAUAAAGCAGCUGGUGUACCUGGACAUGUUCCUCAACGAAUGUCUCCGGCACUGUCCGGUGGCGCCGAAUGUGGCCCGUGAAAAUAUGGCGGAAAUCGAACUCGACGGGGUGAAGAUCCCGGCGGGAAACAUCUUCCUGAUGAACUUUUACGCGCUGCACCGCCGGAAGGACAUCUGGGGUCCGGACGCGGAAAAGUUCGACCCGGAAAACUUUUCCAAGGAACGGUCCAAGAAUCGGCACCCGUUUGCGUUCCAGCCGUUCAGCGGAGGCAGCAGGAUUUGCAUCGGUUGGCGAUACGCCAUGUUCAGCAUGAAGGUGACGCUCAUUCACCUGGUGAGGAACUUCCAGUUUGACAGCAAAAUCAAACCAGAAGAUGUUCGAUACAGGUUCGAUCUGACGAUGAAGUUGCCGUUCGAUCAUUCUAUUCAGAUCAUCAAACGAAAUGCCAGUGAUGAUGCUACGAAGGCAUCAGAAAUACUAGAAAAAAGAUAAGCUAUAGAGAGGAUAAUCUAUGUAAAAUAUUAGAAGUUAAGAAAAAUAUGGCUGUUGUAUAUAUUGUGAGAGUAUAAAAAUAAGGAGAACAAUCUUAUGCAAUUAAUUGUGAAAUUCGCUGGUACAGAGAUAAUUUCUUUUUUUGUAAUAACAAUAAUAAAAAAAUAGUUUUCAAAUU